GGAGAAACUGUUGUGUGUAAAUAGAUCUGAUACAUUAUCUCCCAGGGUUUAUUCGGGUAAUAAUAGCCAUUCCCACGCACGCCCCCUGUAGGUAAUAGAUGAGUAACUCCCUCCCCGGCUUGUGCAGAGACAGCAGUGCGUGCGCGUUUAUUGCAGGCAAUACGGGGGGCGAGCUGUGGGUUGGAGCAUCCUGUCCUUCCGCAGUCUGUUCUCAUUCAUGCAGGUGGAGGCGACAGCUGAGCCCCCCGGAGCCGUCCGCAGCCUGCAUGGGAGUGGGGGGUCCCGGGAUUUGGGUGCCCUGCACAUUGCCGUAGCGCCAGCUCCUGUGGGCACAGAUCGCCACAUUUACAGGCGAUGGAUCCGCCUGCAGCAGCCAAGGGAGAAGCACCCCCUGACCUGAGGGACCUGGAGACCAAAGUGGGCAGGAAGACCCCCGAGGGCCUACUGAGGUGGAUGAGAGAGGACCCUGUCCUGAGGGUGGGGGAAAGUGCAGGGCAGCUGCUGAUGGGGAACCAGGGGCUUGGAGACAAGAUCGAGGCAUUAAAACUGGAAUUGGCCUGUCUGAGGGCCAUCGAUGUUCAGAUCCUUCAGCAGCUCCUGGCCGUUAACGAGGGAAUUGAGGCUGUGAAAUGGAUCCUGGAGGAGAAGGGGACCUUGACCAGCCGUUGCAGCAGUUUGACCAGCAGUCAGUACAGUUUGGCUGAGAGCCAGGAGACCUCGCGCCGCGGUAGCUGGAACAGUCUGCAGGAUCCCACAGAUAAACUGGACAGUAUUUCCAUCGGCAGCUACCUAGACACGCUGGCUGACGACAUGGACGAGUACAGUCUGAGCACCAGUGAACCUGUUGGUUCCUCCACCCCACAUCGACAUGGGCUCCCGCUGAGCAUUGCUGACCCGGAUGGUGACAAAGAUGCAUUUUCAAGGAUGGAGCAAGUAGAUUAUAUGGCGAUGACCCCAAUGGGGCUGAAUAACGCAGACAAAAGUAAGUUGUCCAGGCAGCAUGGCCUCGCGCAAGGUCCAAUUCCGAAUGGGUCUUUAAAACAUGGGCCAGAGGCAUGCGUUGAGGUCAGACCUUCAGAGACAAAGCCUAAAAUGAAGUCUUGCCAGAAUGGGAGGGUGGACUUGGACAAGGUGAAGUUGCCCAGCAAGGUCCACCUGGAGUACGAUGCUCACUGGCGCUGGGUGCAAUCUCAGGACGAUGUGACAUUUUUAUAAUCAGCGGCGAUAACAUGGCGCAGACCAUGUGAUCUCAGGGGCAGGAUGUGCUUUGUUCUUGGCAGCCGAGUACUUGAGCUAAUCGUCACCGGACGAUGGGGAUGGAACACUACAGCAGUGGAACUUUUUAUUCCUUGUAUGAUGCUGAUGUGUAAAAACUAUGAACAGGUUUUAAAGCUAGAAAUAUAUUCUCUUUUCUAUAAGGUCCCCUAACAUUAUUCAGAGGUUUUAUCUUAUAAUAUUUUUUUCUGUUAUGAAGUGAUAUUAAUAUAUGUACAUUUUCCAGACAAAUGGAAAUUAUAUAACCUGCAUAUGCAAAUGGAUGAAGCUUCUACUGUGUAAUGGGAAUCCAGAAAUUAUAUUGAUAGAACGCAAAAAAGAAAGAAAAAAAACAACAACUUUGCCUGAUUUUAUUGUAUUUUUGUGGAAAUAAUCAUUUUGACAGAAAUUAUGUGACACUGAUAAAGUGGAUUACCCUAUGGUAGCUCUGGCCAACCUGUGGCUCUCCAGCUGUUGAAAAACUACAUAUCCUAGCAUGCCCUGCCAGUAAAGCUAUUAUGGGAUGCUAAAACUGUGGCAGGGUAUGCUGGGAUGUGUAGUUUCACAGCAGCUGGAGAGACACAGGUUGGCCAGACUUGCCUUAUAAAACAUCCCUUAAGUAAAUUAAUUAGAAUGUGUUUAUUAAUAAGGUUGUAAAGUGGAUGUGAUGUAUGCUUUAACUAGAUAUGUCUGUUGUACAAUCUUGUAAACCCGGGGGAUCAUCCCGAUUAUUUGGAGCAGACUCAUCUCAAUCACCUGGGUUAUACCAGGGUUACAGGACAAAACAAUUGAUAUUUCUAGCAGGUUUUCAAUUAAGAAACAUUCUAUUGUUUUUAGUGCACCCGAUGGAGCUAUUCAAUUGUUCAGCUUUUCGGGUGCAACUGCGUGACGGGCGAGCAGAAAUCCGAAAGCAGAAAGUGGUCUGUUUGGGCAAGCUACCCAGUACUUUGCACAGGUUUACCCGCUUUACACAUCUAAACUUAGUGCAUUUGGGCGCGACGAGCGAAAUAGUUGAUGCAUUUGUGCCCGAACAGCAGAACAAUUGAAUGGCUCAGUCAGGCGCCCAUUGCUAGCAGACUCGCUAAAAACAAUUGAAUUCACCCCUUAUGAUGUUUUAAUAUUAAGGGCUCCCCCUAGGUCACUAUAACUUCCCAUUAAUGUAAUAUGUGCAGCAGAUAAGUGCAUGGGUCUGUUUUCACUUGAGAGACGCUGUUUUAUGUUACGAACCUAAAUGCAAUUAAUAUGAAUCAUUGUGAUCCAGGAUCUUUCCAGAGACACUAUCUAACUGCGUCUACAGGUUGCGUUUAUAAUGAACCAGCUUUGGUUUUAUGGACAGAUAAAUUAACUAAUUUAAUAUGUAAAAAAAAAAAAAAUACUAAUAUAGUACCAGCAAAGUGCUUUCUACCCUCUUUUGAGUAGAGGGACAGUACUUGUAUAUCCUUUAUUAUGUACACUAAUAUAAAUCUGGCAGAUGGUUUGUGUAUGGGGAGGGUCCAUUGUUACAGUGACCACCAUACGUUCGCCGCCGGCAGGCAGGGUAUAUUAUAUGGUGCCGUAUGUUUUUAUAUUAGUUACUUGGUCUCGCCUUCCCUUUCAUGACAAAUAAUUGGAGUCUGAAUGAACCAUUAACCAGUAAGCUCUUAUGUCUCCACAUAGCGGCAUCUCGUCUUUACCAAACGUUCAUUGUGCAUUAAUGAAACCGCUAGUAAAUUUAAAUAAAAAGUUAGACCAAUCUAUAUGCAGAGACUGUCUGAUAUAUAUAUUUAUUUAUACGUAAAAACAUUAUCCCACAGAAUAGUCCUGAAUUCUGUGAAUAUUUAAAUCAGCCCUUAAUAAUAAUCUUUUGUGCAAUGUUAAUUUUGAGAGAUAGGAUGUGACCCGUCUGCUGGGGAGGUUUUAUCAAAGUUUGGAGAGAGAUAAAGUACCAACCAAUAAGCUCCUGACAUUUUUCAAACACCGGGGCAGAUGUCUUAACGGGGAGGCAUAUCCCGGCGCUCUGCAUACUGAUGCCGGGAUACCGACAACUAUUCUCCCUCUUGGGGUGUCCACGACACCCCUGGAGGCAGAAUAAAGAGCGUGGCGCGCCACCAUGCCCGCAAGGGGCUCUUUAGCGCUCGCCCCGCUGCCGGCAUUCUGGCGUUUUGGAUCCCGAGCGUCGGUAUAACGUAGUACACCCAUCUUAACCUGGAGAAGUGAUAAAAGAAGUUUAUAAAGCAGUGAUAAGUGCAAGUUGUUAACGCACCAGCCAGUCGUUACGAAUUUGAAAAAUGACAGGAGCUGAUUGGCUGGUGCAUUAUCACCUUGCACUUAUCACUGCUUUAUCCCUUCUCCAGGCUUAAUACAUCUGCCCCAUUGCUUGUGAAAUGGCAGUUGGAUACUGUUUGGCUGGUGAAUUAUCUCUCUCCAAGGUUUGAUAAGUCUAUCACUGAGACUGCAUUCGGUCAUCUUUAUUAAACCGACGAUUCAAUAUGAAUUUUAUCUGUAAGGUUUUAUAUGUGAGUUGUUGUUUUGACUUUAGAGUUUUUCAGUUGUAUCAAUAUUAUAAACCUUUCUAAAGCCUGAGAGUGGGAUGUACUAACCUCCCCCGCUGAGGUAUCUGGCUUCUCUCUGCGCUCUUUGUGUUUUCUCCACGGUUACUGGUCUCCUCUUCGCUAGCCGUUGCUCACCCACGCUCCCCGCUUUUUUUUCUCCUCUCACUGCGGUACGCCUCAUCACCGCCGCGGCCACGGAGUUCUGCGCUCUCCAUAGCGCUUGGUCAGCGCUGCGCUCCCCCGGUCACUUGUGUCAGCUUCCUGGCAUGCAUCCUGUAGUUCCUGCGUCACAUGACAGGGGGAGCGCAGUGCUGACCAAGCGCUACGGACAGCGCAGGUCUCCGUGGCUGCAGCGGUGAUGAGGCGGACUGCAGUGAGAGGAGGAAAAAUCGGGCAGCGUGGGGAGCAACGGGUAGCACCGGCCAGCGGAGAGGAGACCAGUAACCGCGGAGAUAACACAAGUAGCGCAGAGAAAAGCCAGAUACCGCAGCGGGGGAGGUUAGUACAUCCCGUCCUGAAACACAAUCACUAAAUUCAGCGAGUGGGGAGGAAAUCCUCAUUUCCACUUAGGUGCUGCUUUAUAUGAGAUUUUUGUGGCAUUUAGGUAAAUUUCCGACUCUAUCUCUCGGCUCAGUUAAAUCCGGAAAAUGGUACUGAAGUUACUUUCCUUGUCCGGUAGACGUUCAAUCCCUUUAUUUAUGUUGACCCUUUGUAAAUGUUAUUUUACAAUGACCUGUCUCUGUAAAUGUGGCUGAUUUUGUGGCAGUUGCUGCUGAUGUGUUUCCUUGAUGUGCCGUGCUACAUGUUCAUUUACCGAACAGGACCGAUGUGUCUUUCAGCGCAGUUUGCUUCUGCGUCACUUGGAAGCUGCAGUAAUAGUAAAUAUUUCUGUCACUACGCAGCCAUAGAAUAAAUCUCUCAUCUGUAUGUAC